AUGUCCCAAAUUGGGAUACGAAAUCUGGCGGCCACCGUCACCACGUCUACAUCGUACAAAGUGUGGGAUGCAGCUUUGUCACUGUGGCAUUCGAACGUUUCGUCAGUUAAGGCCGCUACCAAGACAAGUUACAUCGCGUCGCCAAUUCCACAUCGAAGGGGAUGUACUCGACGACCUGACUGCUCGAGGACUCAUAUCCAAAAUCACAAGGAAGAACUCAAACUAGAGAUUCAGAACUCGCGCCAAGUGGUCUACGCCGGUGUUGACCCAACUGCUACAUCAUUACAUGUCGGCCAUCUCCUUCCUUUGCUCUGCUUGCUGCACUUCCACAUAAGGGGUCAUCAGAUUAUACCAUUAAUAGGAGGAGCUACAGGUCUUAUUGGAGAUCCUUCUGGUCGCUCAACUGAGCGACCGUUAUCCGAGGAGUCGGUUGUCGAGCAUAAUGUUCACUCUCUUACUACUGCAAUACAGCGAUUCUUUUCAAGAGCCACAGAAUAUGCACGGGAUAGGCUGCAACCUUCUCAAACUCCCCUCUUGCAGCCGGACGUAAGGAACAACCUGGAGUGGACUAAAGAUAUGGGCUUGUUGGAAUUUCUGCGAAAAAUAGGCAUUCACAGCAGAAUUAACUCUAUGAUGGGAAGAGAAAGCGUUCGAGCGCGUCUUGAGUCACAGCAAGGCAUUUCUUUCACGGAAUUCACAUAUCAGCUCCUGCAGUCAUACGACUUUCUCAAUUUGCACGAGACGGCAGGCUGCAAUAUCCAAAUUGGUGGAUCAGAUCAGUGGGGUAAUAUUGUUGCGGGUAUCGACCUCAUCAAUCGGGUCAAUGCCGCAAGCAAUUCUGGGGGUCGAAAUGCGAAGGGUUUUGGCAUUGUUACCCCGCUCCUGACCACCGCGACGGGCGAGAAAUUCGGAAAAAGUGCUGGCAAUGCCGUAUCACUUGAUGAAACUAUUACCAACGUCUUCGACUUCUAUCAGUUCUUCCUUAGAACUCCGGACGCAGAUGCUACCCGUUAUCUAAAAAUGUUCACCUUGUUGCCCAUGUCACGUAUCGAUGAGACAUUCCACAUGAGUAAGCAAAGACCAGAGAAGAGGAUAGCUCAGCGUCUUUUAGCCAGUGAAGUGACAGAAUUAGUUCAUGGCAGAGAUGCUGUUCAGCGAGCCGAAAUUGCGACCGCAAUACUCUUUGACAACGACUGCAAAACAAUUAGGGCUGAGGAGGCUGUGAAGGCUUUGCGCGGAUUGCCUGUCUUUCACGCGUGGGACAAAGCAGAUUUGUUCGGCAUUCCGCUGGCCAAGAUGGCAACGCGACUCCAGAUCACCUCCUCAAAUAGUGCAGCUCGCCAACUCAUAUCUGCGAAAGGGCUAUAUCUCAACAACCAACCCGUCACAGAUCCGAAUCAGACAUUGAGUAUUAGGGACUUAAUCGAUGGACGAAUAGUAGUACUCCGCGUCGGCAAAUACAAACAGGCCGUUGUUGCCUUAAGCACACAUGGGGUUUGCACUCAUGGGAUUUGA